AUGACCAGGUACUUCUCUGAAUCAAAAUAUAUGGAUUGUAGAACUGCUAUUUCUACUUUUUCCCAAAGUACAGGUGAAAGUUUGCGUGAAGCUUGGGAAAGAUACAAAUCCAUGCUGAGAAGGUGCCCGAAUCAUGACUUUGAUGCCAAGACGCAAAUCCAUCUUUUCAGAAAAGGUCUUCAACAACAGAGCAGGAUAAUGGUGGAUGCAACUUCAGGAGGUUCUUUGAUGACAAAGUCUCCAACUGAGGCCAUUCAGAUCAUUGAGGCUAUGGCUCUAAAUGACCACCAAGAUCAACAUAUUAGAGGACCACCAAGGAGAGGAGGCGUUCUGGAAUUGGGAUCAAGUGAUGCUAUCUUGGCCCAAAACAAGCAACUGCAGCAACAAUUGGAUGAAGUGAAAAAGACUCUGAGUGAUCUUCCCAAACAACUUCGGGAGAUGCAAGAUUCUUCUUCCAGGAAGAAGGUGAACAGGUGUGAUGUGUGUACUAAGGAUCAUCCAACAGAAUCCUGUCAAUUACAGGAAGAGGAGGUUCACUACCUAGGAAACCAGCAGAGGCAAGGGUACCAGAACAACUAUCCCAGGGGAGGUAAUCAACAAUACAACCAACCUUGGAGGCAAGACACAGGACCAUCUUCCAACAGGGUACCACCAGCACCGUACCAAAAUCAACAAUACCAGCAUAAUCAACCAUUUCAACAACCAUCGCAAGAUAGGACUUCCAAACUGGAGGAUACACUAACUCAAUUUAUGCAGGUUUCGAUAUCCAACCAGAAAAAUACGGAUGCAUCCAUUAAAAACUUGGAAGUACAGGUUGGACAGAUGGCUAAACAAUUGAGUCAGUUGACUACUGAGCAGAAAGGGAAGUUCCAUGCCAAUACAGAAGACAAUCCCAGGGAGCAUUGCAAUGCAAUAUUCACAAGAAAUGGGAGAGUAGUUGGUGGAGAGAUUGAUGUGGAUGAAGAGAAAAAUGAAAGCCAUGAUCCAAAAGAGAGUGAAAAAGAGGAAGGGGUUGAAAAAGAAGAAGAAAAGAAUAAAAGAGAGGUUGUAGAUAGAGAGGAAAAGAAAAAGAGUGAAAACCAUGAGAAAAAGAAAGAGAGUGAGGAAGUCAAGUGGAGUCCGCCUAUCCAACGCUUGUCAUAUCCUCCGAAUUCUAAAAAGAUUGAUCAUGAGAGGCAAAAGAGGAGAUUUCUAGAUAUUUUCAGGCAUUUGAACAUCACAAUGCCAUUUUCUGAGGCAUUGGAGCAAAUUCCAUCAUAUGGCAAGUACACGAAAGAGCUUUUGAAGAAAAAGGACAGGUUGAAAGCACUGCAUGAAGAUGAGGUGAUCCAGCUCAAUGGACGUUGUAGUGCAAUUCUACAACGCUUACCACCUCCAAAGCAUAGAAGUUCAAGGAGUCUUGUCUUGCCGGUUAAACUUGACAACAAUCAAUCAUGUAAUGCACUGAUAGACUCUGGGGCUACCAUCAAUUUAAUGCCUCUUUCCUUGUUGAAAAGGUUGGGAGAUGUGGAAAUAGAGCCUACAGGGAUGACACUGCAACUAGCUGACAAAUCAAUCAAAUUACCUCAAGGAGUUGCAGAGAAUGUGGCUGUGAUGGUUGAGUAG